AUGGCCUCACCUACCAAGCCAGUCCUCAAGGGCUUCAUGGCUCUCCGUGACAACUCGAGCCGGCGAGCAGUUAUCAACGGGAUUAUUGAUAACCUAACUUCUCAUGAGAUACGUGAGGUGAAAAACAGACUCGAAUCGAUAACUUUUCAAUGUGACUUUCUCGAUAAACUGCCUCUGGAAUUGGUGGCUAUGCUAGCAGAAUACUUGGGACUAGCAGAUGUUCUUCUUCUUCGGAGAGUCUCCCAACGAUGGCAGGAAUUACUCUCUUCAACCAUCGUCACCACCGCUGCAAUCAGAUCCCACAUGGGAGAAAAUAUUAUCAACUCUGAUUCACCUGCCAAUCUUAACGCGCUGAUAAGAAAGCGGAUUCGAGCGGAAAGGGGUCAGCCUGCUGUUGUCGUCACAAUCCCUAACAACUUGUCUCGUGAUUUGAAGAAUGACCCGAACAGAGACGGCAUAAGCUGUUUUGAUGGAGUAUGUGCAUGGAUUGAAGAAUCCACAGAUAGAACUACUAUCUUCGUGGUGCACCUACCAACCGGCAAGAGCAGAACUCUCACCACAGAUAAUCGAGAGAAAUUUACUCAUAUCGAGGUCUCAGACACCUUGGUUUCGGCGACUUCUGUUCGAGGGUAUUGUCAUGUUUGGCACAUAUCCACAGAACAGUACAAGUCCUUUCGCAUUCCUUCAUUGCAAUUUAUUCAUUACAUAUCCAUCGGCUCGAAGGCUGUGCUGGGCUAUACGGAUUCCGUAGUCCACUUCUGCUUUGACUCCGGAGUCGCCCGUUCCAUCCAACUUGAGCCGUUCAUACUUUUGUUGUCAGUACACGCAGAGGAAGAUGCAUUCACCGUCGUUUCCGCCCGCAGAAAAUAUGGCGACAAGACCCAGCCCUGGGAAAAUGGCGCAUUGUUUUCGGAUGAGCAUUAUUUGAUGAUACAUAAGUUUUCUGUCCAUGAGAAUACGUUUAUCUGUACCUGGAAACGAUAUCGAGAGCUUCCUUUCAUAUCGGAAGAAGCAUGGGAGCUUCAACGCGAACCAGAAGACACGAAGCCAUACAGAGAAUACCUGCGCCCCGGUCAAAGUUCUAUUUUACUGGUGAAUCACCUGAUGGUGUCGUACUCAGAUACGCUUUCUCUUUCACUCGAGGCAGAUGAUCAGAUUACUGUGCAUUUUCACACUCCAGGGUUGGGUUUCAAGAAUCGACACACCAAUCUAGACUACUCAGCUCGAGGCCCGGGUUUGUACUACUCUUUGGAAGACCUGGGCAUCUCCACAAAAACUCGAUUGUGCAUUAGCUGUGAGUUCCCAGAGCACACACAUGCCUUCGACACUAAGGGGCGUCAAUUCAAACCCAGAUACAUAGUAGACUUUCCAAAAAACCGGACAUGCGACUCGAUUUUGGGGGAUAGAGACUUUGUUCUAUUCCCUUCGGAUGACAAAAUCUGGAUCUGGUGUUUUGAUGAAGAAUGGCUCCCCUCUGGUAUUCCUGAUAUGAGAAUUGCAAUAUGGUGA